CUCUGAUUCGCACAGAAACAGCACACAGAGGCAUCUCUGCUUCUUUUUAACCCUUUUUGUCUUUUGUUUGUGUCCGUCCCGUCUGUGUGUACCUGUCAGACUGUCACUCUAGCAGCACCUGGGACUUAUUUACUCUAUUGGAGUAGCUCACACACUCUUCUUAACUCUCGUGCCUCCUGCCCCGGACUUGCUGUGACUGUCAGCCCUCCACUGGUGGACUAUGCCCCCAUCCGCCAGCUGAGGGAGGGGGCUCUGCGCUGCUCAGGCUCCCAUCUGGAGAAGGCUUGAGCUGAAAUCAGAGAGGACACGGUAAGGUUAUUGCUGAAGAUGCAAGCUCCAACUGUCUCACCUGUGACCGACACUACUGUCCCUUCAAACACUACCGCCGUCACAAAGACCAAAGAACAAAUACUCAUCCAGAGUUCUGGGGCAAUGAUCGCUGUCAUCGUCGUAGGCGUCAUCCUUAUUCUCGCCAUUCUUCUGAUCAUCCUGAAGACAUACAACAGGCGGACACAUGUAUCCAGAGUCCUCGGAGGCAACGGCGGCCCCAAACCUCGACCGAAGUUGUCACAAUCCACCGUUCAGAGCAACAUGCCGCUGAGCACCCUGGGAGUCAACUCUGUGUCGGGCAGUGUUUUGAACUCAAACCCGGCCUCGGAGAACAACUUCCAGCUGCCCAGAACGGAGCUGAACAGCGCAGAGGGAAACCACAUAGAGCAGUCGAGCUCCAUCAGUGACUCCACAGUGAUCACCAUACAUGACAUUCCAUCCAUAGGAGACACAUAGCAACACGAUUGUACUGACCGAUGUGUCAUCUUCAUCCGUGACCAAAUACUGUGUGCUGACUGAAUCCCGUGGAGACUCGAUCUGUGACGUUAGUGUCGUGACUGUCGAUCUCCACCAACUGAGCCACUGCUGGUGACUACAAUAACAUGAUGUCUUUUUGUGUGCUAAAACACACACCAUGAACAGCAUGCUACAAUAAACAGACACAAUGGAUUGCAUGAAGGAUUUUGCAUGAAAGGAAACUGAGGCUUUCUUGAGAAGAACUGCUUUUUGGCUACAGUCAGUGUUCAGAGUAUAGAUGCCAGAAGGUUCUCACUGUUUGUACUCUUUGCAGAUUACUACUAAUACCAUGAAGACAAUGUGUAGUAAAGACUGUAAUGGCUUGUCCAUGUUGCGUGUACAUUUCUGUAUUAAAGAGGACCACAUAAAUUCAUGAGUAAAUGUAGGAUUAGUGUAAACUUCUGAGAAUGCAAAGGCGGUAUGAAAGGGAAACUCAGUGUGUAGUAUGUUUCAGCGAAAUGUGCAAAUGUAUUUUGAUUUACCAUCAAUAUACCUUUCUAAAUCUGGUUAACCUUGCAUUAAAUUAUCUUUGUCUUCUGAUAACAGAUUUGUUUUCGUUAAAGGAAUCUAUAACAUGUCAGUGUAUAUAUUUUUACCAUAACGAAGAGACCACAAAGAUAUUUUGUGAGACAUCUGGGUGUCAGUCAAACACGCUGAUCCUUUUAUUCUGACGCCAAAGGAUUUUGCACUUUAUUUCCGUUGUUCCUUGUAUUUGAAUUGUUUGUGGUUGUUUAAAUGAAGUGAGA